AUGUCCGCACAACGAUAUGCGUUCGUCCCGAUGGACGACGAGCCCGCGCCUCGUUCUAGCGAUGGUCGGAAAGACAGGGAAAGAAAGGACAGGAAACGCGAUAGAUCCAGAGACCGGUCGAGGUCGCCGCGGCGACACAAAAGCAGGCGACACGAUGGCGAUGAUUCCCCUCGACGGCGAUCCAGGUCACCACGAAGCGAUAGAGAUGGCGGUUCGAAGACCAGCCGGAGCGAUUCCCGGCGCGAGGAUCCUAAGAUGGCCGAGCUGCGGCUUAAGUCACGCCAGCAAUAUCUCGCCAAGAGAGAGGCCGAAAAGCUCGCUCUGCUACGGAAACAGGUUGCCGAAGAGACAGCGGAGCUGAGGUCUGGUGUACGCCUCUCGGAGCGGGAAAAGGCCGAGUUUGCAAAGAACCGCGAGAUUCUGCGCCUUGCCGAGGAACGCGCCCGGAUAGACGAUUAUCAGGACGGCUACCGGCUACCUGACCAGUACGGUGUCGAUAGCAAGAGGAAGGAGGAUGCCCUGUACAAGCGUCAGGUGGAACGAGACGAAUUCGGCAACGAGAGGCACGUCACAGAAUACGAGGAAUGGGAGCGCGAGCAGACAGUUAAGGCGAAAGCGCAGAUUCAGAGCCGCGAGCGGGACGACGCGGGGGAGUACGACUUUUUGCUGGAUGAAGACGCCAUCACGUUCGUCCGGGACGCGGCCAAGUAUGCGCAGCCAAAUGAUGGGUUAACACAGGAGCAGAGGAUCUUGAAAGAGAAGAUCGACGCGGCGGAAAAGGCACACAAGACUAUCCAGGAAGUCAGGAAGAGCCUGCCAGUAUAUGCGUACCGCGAUGCAUUCCUGGAUGCGAUCAAGGAGUACCAGGUCCUCAUCCUGGUCGGCGAAACAGGUUCGGGCAAGACGACACAAAUACCCCAGUACCUACACGAGGCUGGCUUUACCAAGGAUGGCAUGAAGGUCGCCUGCACGCAGCCACGUCGAGUCGCAGCCAUGAGCGUUGCUGCCCGUGUCGCUGAUGAGAUGGGGGUGAGGGUUGGACACGAAGUGGGCUACUCGAUCCGAUUCGAGGACUGCACCAGCGAGAAGACCAUCCUCAAGUACAUGACGGAUGGUAUGCUCCUCAGGGAGAUGGUCACGUCCCCAACACUCGAGGGCUACUCGGCCAUAAUGAUCGACGAGGCGCACGAAAGAACGGUGCAUACCGACAUCUUGUUAGCCCUAAUCAAGGAUCUCACACGAGCGAGGCCAGAGCUGAAGCUAAUCAUUUCGUCCGCGACGCUGAAUGCAGAGAAGUUCAGCGCAUACUUCGAUGAUGCGCCCAUCUUCAACGUUCCCGGCCGAGUCCACCCUGUGGAAGUUUACUACACGUCGGCGCCGGAGAGCAACUAUCUGGAAGCCAGCCUGGUGACCGUCUUCCAGAUCCACGCGACGCAACCCGAGGGCGGCAUCCUCGUUUUUCUCACGGGCCAGGAGGAGAUUGACCGCGCAUGCGAAAGGGUAGAGGAGAUCAAACGGAAGCUAGGCAGUCGAGUACCGGAGAUUAUAGCCCUGCCCAUCUACGCCAACAUGCCGUCGGAGCUCCAGGCCAAGAUCUUCGAGCCGACGCCUCCCGGAGCGAGGAAAGUCGUUUUUUCAACUAACAUCGCCGAGACAUCGCUGACCAUCGACGGCAUCGUCUACGUCAUUGACUGCGGGUACGUCAAAGAAAAUACCUUCAGCCCGGUUGGCACGACGGGGCAGUCAACACUAGCAGUCGUGCCCUGCUCCAGGGCCGCGGCAAACCAGCGGAUGGGCCGAGCUGGCCGUGUACGGCCGGGCAAGUGCUUCCGCCUCUACACCAAGUUCGCCUACCUUUCCGAGAUGGACGAGUCACCGACCCCUGAGAUACAGCGCACGUCACUCUCCAGCGUGGUUUUGCAGCUCAAAGCCCUUGGGAUAGACGACCUCCUCGGCUUCGACUUCCUCGACCCGCCGCCCACCGAACUCCUCAUCAAAUCGCUCAACAUGCUCUACGCUCUCGGCGCCCUCAACAGCGCCGGUGCCCUGACCCGCAUCGGGCGGCAAAUGGGCGAGUUCCCCACCGAGCCGAUGCUGGCCAAGGCUCUCAUCGCAGCCACCCAGGAAGGGUGCGUCGAAGAGGUGCUAACCAUCGUCUCGAUGCUGAGCGAGGUCGCGACCCUCUUCUUCCGCCCGAAGGACAAGAAGGUGCACGCCGACAGCGCGCGCGCCCGCUUUACGGUCAAGGAUGGCGGCGACCACCUGACGCUGCUCAACGUCUACAACCAGUGGGUCGAGGCCGACUACUCGCCCAUCUGGGCCAAGGAGAACUUCCUGACGCAGCGCUCGCUGACGCGCGCGAGGGACGUGCGCGACCAGCUGGCCAAGCUGUGCGACAGGGUGCUGGAGGGGUCGACGUCGUCGUGCGGCGGUAUCUCGAACAUGCAGCCUAUCCUGCGGGCCCUGACGUCGGCUUUCUUCCUGAACGCGGCGCGGCUGAACCGCGGGGGCGACGGGUACCGCACGCUCAAGAACAACAUGACGGUCUAUGUGCACCCCAGCAGCGUGGUCAAGUCGAUGGACCCGCCGCCCAAGGUAAUCAUCUACCACGAGCUGGUGGUGACGUCGCGCGAGUAUGUGCGGUCGGUCAUACCGAUCGAUGCGAAGUGGCUGUCAGAGUUUGGCGGGCAUUAUUAUGAUAAGAAGGACGUGGAGCUGUUGGAGCAUAAGAAAUUGCCCAAGGAGAGGAAGUAUUAA